GACUAAUCCUGGCACAUGAUGGCGUUGGUGGUGAAAAGAAGCUCAUCGAGGACAUUAUGAAAGUCGGCGGUGGUGCCAUGUUCAUCGAUAAGGCCUAUCAGCUGGUUAGCGCACAGGGCGGGUCUGGUACCGAUGAUCUGGAGUUCCUGUUAGCAGAGAUGGAGAACCGCGUUGGAAGCCUUAUUUUCAUCCUUGCCGGCUACAGCGGUCAGAACGAGAAAUUCUAUGUAAACUCUUCCUCAGGAAGGGUGGCUACAAACGACUUGCGGAGCGCACUAUUCAGUUCGCUGAUACCCUUACAUUCCUUGGACGGGCCGGUCAGUGCACGAGUCUACCUUAGAUGACGCCGGCUUCGAUCAGACCUGGUACUCUACAUUUUCUUCGUCUUUUCAUGUAACUACCGACGUCGUGCGUAGGUUCUGCUUAAUACCAC